UUUCCUCGAUAUAGUGAAACUGGCUCUCUCUCGCCCGUGGACUAGCUAACAGACAUCGUGUUAGUGAACCACGUAAAUCGUGUGUCGUGUUUUUCGAUUCUCGCUUUCGUAUUCUUGUUUUAUCGAUUCCGGCGAUUUCCCGAUCCGUAACAGCGCAUUUACGGAUAAGUAGCUCCACAUUCCAUCUUCUUUCCCCAUGCCACAUUAACUAGAAGAUCAAAAUAAUUUUUCCUAAGGAAAAAAAUAGUAGUCUCUCACACAUAAAACAAUAUCCAUUGGUGGUCCCAUGAACAAAAGAGAAGCCAUAGUUGAAAGAUUAGGAAUUGUCAACUACUUUUCCAAUUCAUUGUACCUCAAUUAACCCAUUGACGUAUGGGCACGUCAUGUCGCAGGCCAACCUUAGAUUUCAGCCAAUCUAAAAACGACUUCUCCCCUCAUUCCCCUUCCCCAAAAAUUUAGAGAAACAAAAAAUAAAAAUUAAACAAAAGUAGCCAAAAAUAAUAAAAGCAACAAAUAAAAUGAAAGAAGAAAGCCAAAAACAAACACCAUUUCUUCCUUUCCAUCUGCUUCCAUAAGAUCCGAUCGAUCCUAUAGUCAUUUUCCCUUUCUUCCCUCUUCUCUUCCGGUUUCUGCUUUUGUUUCCAUCUCCUUUCUCACGCUUCAAUACAUAUAUUGGCGGCGGUUGGUGGUGGAUGGCAAGAACCAAUAAGUAUGCCUCUAUUAACUUCAAUCAUGUUUAUGAGAAGAAUCUGACCAACGGCGGCGCUGCCAACGGCAACGGCAAACAUCCAUCCUCGGCCCCAUCUCUCUACUCCACGAUCGCUUCUCCCAAUAGCUUCAACAACCCGAACAAUCUUUACAAGAAUCAUCUCCCUUCCGCCCGCUCCCAUGGCCGAAUGCUUGUUCUGACCCGAGCCACUACCAAACCCGUCUCCGCCCCGAUCAGCUCCUCCCCGACUUCGCCUUCCCCACUUGUUUCCCCUUCGAAACAGCUGCCGAUCCCGGCGCCGGCACCGUCUAAGGUAGCUUCCGUUCAGGAGUCACUUCCGGCCGAGCCGAAUUCGGAUCAGAUUUCUCUUCGUCCUUUGGGGCGGACCGGAGGCGGUUCUUUGGUCUCUUCUCCAGCGGUUCUCGGAACCCCAUCUCCGAUUGUCGGUCAAGAGAAGGAAAGGGAGAUCGGAAGCGGAAUAGCCCUCGGAUCGCUCAAGCCGAACAAAUUUGUGCCACCGCAUCUUAGACCUGGUUUCGUCGCCAGACAAGAAAAACCCGGACCCGAGGCGCUUCCCGGGAAGGAAACGGGUCACAGGCAGUAUCCGAAUCCGCAACAGGGCCAUGUCGGUUCUACGGAUAGAUAUGCAAAUGAUGGGCGGCCAACGUCUGGCGGUGGUGGGUACGAUAGGACGAGGAGAUUUGUAGGCGGCGAUGCGGAGCCCGGCUUAUUGAAUCGACCUCGAUCCGGUGGGAGCCGACCCAGUUCUAGUGGAUGGUAUUGUUCUCUCCUAUUUGAUCUAAUCUCUGCCGCUUGGAUUUUGGUUUCCUCUUCUCUGAAGCCUUCCUUUCUAUUCUUAGAACUUCUAAAUGUUUGGCAGUUAUCUCAUUGUUGCUCUAUCUCAGAGCCAAAAAUUGUCCUUUGAGUAUGCAGCUCUUUCCCAAACAUAAAAGCUCUCCAUGGUUACCCUGUUAGUUCCUUUCUGCUCUUUGAAGUACUAAACUUAUGGAUAAGUCACACCAUGCAUAGAAUGUAAGUUGGGGGAGUUUAGUAAUCUGCACAGCAAUGGGUAAUGCUUUUUCCCGAAUUAGUUGGGCGUGAGGUUCCCACUUCAGCAAUUUGCUUAUUGAUCUAGGAAUCCUACAUCGAGUUUGAUCUACUUUCUUGGUUUGCUUGCUGGUUAUGCUAAUCAAUCCUUGUAUUCUUGCUGUCAUUUGGCUUUUUUCCUAUAUCUGGUCCUUGGAUGUUUUGGAUUAGGUAAUAGCUCUGUAUUAGGAGAAGUAAUAAAUGCAGAGCAAUGCCAAAAUCAACUUAAGAUAGGCUGGAUCUAAUUGGUGGUGCAUUAUAGGCUGAGAUUUUUGCAUCACCGUUAGCAUGCUAAGCAAUUGAACAACAUUUUGGUGUGUUGCAGAUGCUGAGUGCCAAGUUGCGUUCUUUCUGAGGUACAAGCUUCUUUCUGGCUACUUCGGUGGAGGAUUUCAUACGGAGCCCUGAUACUUUGGCUUGCUUCAUCAAUUCAUAAACAGACGACUGCUAUUAGAACUGCGAGGAAGAUAGGAUUCAACCUGAUGCCUUCUGGAUUUCUUGAAUCCCCUGGACACUAGAUCGAGUGAUAGGAAAACGAAGUCCAAGGGCUCUAUAGGGGGGGGGGGGGGGGGGGGGGGGGGGGGGGGGGGGGCUCAAUCAUCCUUCUUGCUUUGGUAAUUUGAUCUUUUACCCACACUCUGUCCAAAACCGACUUUGGGUUCCUUUGGAGUGUUGGAAAUUCUAUUUCUCGGUGUGUUUUCUUUCUUUUCUUGUUCUGUUCCAAGUCAAUUGCAUAACAUCGCAAGAUACUUUGGAGUGGUGGUAAAGCUAUCUUCUGUUCAUGCCACCCACUCUGUUACUCUUCUACUCGUGGAUUCAAUGUACAAGUUCUUCGCAUAUGCUUGUUUUAGUUAGGAGAUUCUGUGAAAUUGAGGGUUGUGUAAUGAACAGGAAGGAACAGCAGGAAAUUGUGCCCAGUUCACAAAUUCAUUUCAACCCAGGUUGUGAAAUGUGGUUUCUUCUAUCUCUGUCCCUAAAUGUGAUUGUGUUUGUGUUUCGGUUGAAUUGGGAAGAUGGGAUUGUCCAUUCGUAUUGUAUGCUAUAGAAUAAGUUAGGUAUCGUUUG